AUCAGAGAGCGAGAGCAGUGUGCGUCGUGACGUGACAAUGGCGGUAGUUGUGAUCGCGGUGCGGUGCGUUAUUGUGAUCAGCUGAUCGAACGCGCCUCCGAGAAAAUAGAGUAGUGUGUGCGUGCGUGUGUGUGCGUGCGUGCGUGACUGCGUGUAUGAAAGAGAGAGAGAGAGAGAGAGAACGAAAGAGAGAGAGAGAGAGAGAGAGAAAGAAAGAGAGGUGUGUGGUCAAGAAGCAGAAAGGAAGAAGGUCAAGAGAAAAGGACGGAGAAAGUGAAAAGAGAAACAAGAGAAGCACGGGGUUCUCCAUCGUGAAGGAAGGUGUAAAAAAACAAAAAGAAAAUAUUCUUUCGUAGUGGGCCCCCUGUAUAUAUCCGGUGUGUGUCGUGCACGAAUGCGUGGAGUUAACACGAGAGGUAGAUAAAUGUCUCUCAACCAUGCCCGCCGUGCGGAAGUACAGAAGGGAUACCAGUGAAGUGAGCUGUUGCCUCAAGUACGUCAUCUUUGGAUUUAACGUCAUGUUUUGGUGGCUCGGUUUGGGCAUCAUGGCGAUAGGUGUAUGGGCAUGGACGGAAAAGGACACAUUUAAUAAUUUGUCCCGCCUCACGAACGUUGCACUCGAUCCAGCAUUUAUACUCAUUCUAGUCGGUACAGUGACAUUUAUCAUCGGAUUUACGGGGUGUGUCGGCGCACUCAGGGAAAAUACGUGCCUCCUAGCCGCAUACGCGAUAUUCCUGGCGUUAUUGCUGCUAAUGGAGAUGACUGCCGGUGUUUUAGGCUUCAUCUUUAAAGACUGGAUAAAAUCACAAGCAACCGGGGGCUUCCAAGCUUUCAUCAUUCACUAUCGCGAGGAUCCAGAUCAACAGAAUUUGAUCGAUUGGAUUCAAGAGGAUUGGUUACAAUGCUGCGGUAUCGAGGGCCCAAAGGAUUGGGAUCGUAAUAAUUAUUUCAACUGUUCGUCGAGUGACAUUGGCUCGAGGGAAGCCUGCGGUGUGCCUUUCAGUUGCUGCAAAAGGAAACCAAACGAAAUUAUCAAGAACAAGCAGUGUGGCUAUGACGUUAGGAAACCUAGCUACACGGGAGAGAGGAGUAUAUUCGAAAGAGGUUGCCUAAGGGCAGGAGAGGAGUGGCUAGAGCUGAAUCUCGUGCCUGUCGCCGGUACGGUUGUCAGCACUAUGGUCCUUCAGAACUUUGAAGUCGCUAAAGUGAUUUACGAGAAGGGAUGCGUUCAAGCAGGGGAGGAGUGGAUGGAACGAAAUCUUCUCCCAAUUGCAAGUGGCGCGGUUGUUACGGCUUUUGCACAGAUUUUGGGAAUUUGCUUCGCUCAAAAUCUACGAGCGGAUAUAUUUGCGCAAAAGGCAAAAUGGCAUUGACAAUCGAGAGCCCCCACGGCAGUCUAGCAUCUUGUAUUGAAAAGAUGCUGAUCGUCCGCGUCGAUCGAAUUUCGAAUAUCCAACGUAUCAAUACUCGAUGAUAUCAUGGAAAAGGAAGAAUAAGAAGACGAAGACGAAGAAAAAGGA